AUGGCGCGAAACAGCGAAAAAGCCCAGUCGAUGCUCUUCCGCUUCCGGGCGCAGCAGGCCGCGGAUCUCGGAAUCAUCGACAUGGGUCGCACCCGGCGUCCUAAGGCGAUCACGUCGGUGGACUCGAUCCCCAUGUGUGAAAAAUGGCGUGGGCAGGUCCUCAAGGAGAUUUCGCGCAAAGUGUCCCGCAUUCAAGAGCCGAGUUUGAGCGAUUAUCAGAUCCGGGACCUGAACGAUGAGAUCAACAAGCUGAUGCGCGAGAAGUGGAUCUGGGAGAUGCAGAUUCGGAAUCUGGGCGGUCCGAAUUAUAUGCGUGGUUCGGGGCGGGUGUAUGAUGAUGAGGGGAGGGAGAUUCCCGGUGGUGGGAAGGGUUAUCGAUAUUUUGGACGCGCUAGGGAGCUACCUGGUGUCAAGGAGAUGUUUGAGGCUGCGGCUCGACGUGGUCGUAAGCCUGCGGAAGAGGAGGGGGAAGAGAGUCGCGGUCGCGGUGGGGAUAUCGCGACGAGGAAGGUCGAUGCGAACUAUUUCGGCUAUGGGCUGGAUGAAGACGAUGGGACGCUGCUAGCCUAUGAGAAGCAGAAGGAGAAGGAGGCCGUUGAGCUUCUGCGUGGGAAGAAGGAAGAUGACGUGGAGGACGGAUGGGAGCCAUUGCCUGGUGACGCUGGUGACGGCGUGGAAUGGAGAUUGCCGACCUUGGAGGAAGUACAGGAGGAACUUGUUGACCGUCGGAGGAGAAGGCUGUUGGAGAAGAUCACUUGA